AUGGCAUCAUCCCAUGUUACCCAACGUGCCUCGACAUCGGCCUCCGAUAUUCCCCUCGCCGACCUCGAGAAGGGAUCGCACACGACUUCCAGUCCAGAUAAUUCCCGCUGGAAUGGUUUCUCUCAAUUUCAUCCCUCCAACAUCCUAGCGAACACCGACAAUGGGCUGGCCCCGAAAGGAUCGCAGGACGAUUGGAUCGCCCAAGCGGAAGACGCCUUUCAUUCCUUGACAAUUGCAUUGACCCCAAGUUUCUUACAACGUUAUCCGGCCAAACUGCACGCCAUCGCCGCGCUGGACGGGCUUCGUGGUUGGGCUUGUCUGCUCGUCUUCAAUUUCCACUUCCUCUUCACAUAUACCUGGAAAGUCGCGGUCGGAUGGGGUUUCGCCAAUGAGAACUUUGGCAUUCAUCAAUUGCCCAUUGUCCACAUGCUGAUCUCGGGCCAUAUCAUGGUGGCCAUCUUUUUCGUCAUCUCCGGCUACGUCCUCUCCUACAAACCUCUCAAGACCAUCCGCUCCCGCUCCUUCGAACAAACUUUCACUGUUUUGGCCUCGUCAACUUUCCGCCGAGCAUUGCGACUCUAUAUUCCUUCAAUUGUCGGACUGGCCUGUGUCUUUGUAGCGGUCCGUCUGGGGCUGUACAAUUACUCUUGGGGCGUCAUUAAGGAAGGCCAUACCAUUCUUGGGACCAAUGAGCAACAUCCUCCAGUGUACAAAUCUCUUUACAAGCAGUCCUGGGAUUUUUACUACACCGUUGCGCACCUCAUGAAUCCAUUCGACUGGGGUCUUUAUUACAACAACUACAACCCACAUUUAUGGACCAUUCCUGUGGAAUUGCGGAGUUCGAUGGUGCUCUUCCUGGUAACCCUCGGAACCUCCCGUCUCACCGCGCAGUUGCGCAUGCCUAUCGUUGCGAUCUUGAUUUGGUCCUGUAUGCGCUACGGUCGCUGGGAUGUAGUACUCUUUUUGACUGGGAUGUUGAUGGCCGAGAUUGACCAGAUCAACAAAACAUGGGAGAAGCCUCCCAACGCGGUCGACGACAAGCCCGAUAUUCGUCUCAUUUGUGGAGGGAGUGUCCUCGCCAGCAUAUCUCGCCGCCGCUUCUGGAUAUUUGUCUUUUUUGUUGGCCUCUAUUUUGGAUCGACGCCCAACAUCGGAUACAAAUGGACGCCCUUCUACCGAUGGAUGUGGGACGCCACACCAUGGACUUAUCCCGAACCCCAUCGCUUCCCCCAGACAAUCGGCGCCGCGCUCAUCGUGUUCAGUAUUAAUCAUUCGCCCGAUAUCCAAAAAUUAUUCACCAAUCCCCUCUCGCAGUACCUGGGCAAGAUUUCGUUUGCCUUUUACAUCGUGCAUGGACCAAUCCUGCAUUGCUUGGGAUACGCGAUCAUGCCUAGUAUAUGGGCGAUGACCGGCAAGGAAACCAACUUUCAAUACUGUUUCGGGUUCUUGAUCGGCUGGCUGGUCUGCUUACCCCUUUCCAUAUGGGCUGGUGACGUCUACUGGCGCGCAGUCGACGUCCCCAGUGUCAAAUUCGCUCGCUGGCUCGAGGAUCGAGUAGUCACCAAAGGAUAG